GAUGUUGAUUUUAUUGUGUUUUAGGUUGAUUUGAGGCAUUUAUCCCAGACGCAGGAUUCGAACGAGAUAGCCGUGGGGAUAGACCUGCAGGACUACUACAUAUCAGUGGAAUGGGACAUAAUGCGGGUGCCGGCGCAGCGCAACGAGAAGUUUUACAGUUGUUGCGAGGAACCGUACCCGGAUAUCAUCUUCAACAUCACGCUGCGAAGGAAGACGCUGUUCUACACAGUGAACCUGAUCAUCCCGUGCGUCGGCAUCUCCUUCCUAUCCAUUCUAGUCUUCUACCUACCAUCCGAUUCGGGCGAGAAGGUCUCGCUCUCCAUCUCCAUCCUACUCUCCCUUACUGUGUUCUUCCUACUGCUGGUGGAGAUCAUUCCACCCACCUCGAUCACGGUGCCUCUGCUGGGCAAGUACCUGCUCUUCACGAUGCUGCUCUGCACGCUCUCCGUGGUCAUCACGAUAGCCGUGCUCAACGUGAACUUCCGGUCGCCGGUCACGCACAAGCUCGCACCGUGGGUGCGGUACUUCUUCAUCGGUGUGCUUCCUAAAUUCCUAUUCAUCGAACGUCCGCAGAAGGACGACGACGAGGACGACAACAAAGGCUCGGAGAGCGUCCUCACGGAUGUCAUACACGUCCCGUCGAUGCUGGACAAGUGCAAGAGCUCCUUCGACAGCUCCUUCGACCUAGGCAUUCCGCCACCGUCCAGGUUCGAUGUGGCGGCCUCCGGUGGAAUGGGGCCCUGCUUCGGGGAACCACCGUUUCCAGCGAUGCCGCUCUCCGGUGGUGACGACGAACUCUACAGUCCUGCCAGCUGCAGGACGAACACCCUCGAAGGCAUCAGCGACGGAAGCCCCUCGUACGACAAGAUGGUAGCCUUGCACGACAUGGAGAAGACGAUAGCCGAUUCCAAAUUUAUUGCUCAACAUGUAAAAAACAAAGACAAAUUUGAAAAUGUAGAAGAAGAUUGGAAGUACGUCGCGAUGGUGCUGGACAGACUCUUCCUAUGGAUAUUCACGUUGGCUUGCGUGAUCGGCACCGCUAUGAUUAUUUUCAAGGCGCCUUCGUUGUACGACAGCACAAAGCCCAUAGACAUUCUCAUCUCGAAGGUGGCGAAGAAGAAGAUGGCCCUGCUCAAAAUGGUACCGGAAGAAUUGUAAACCUGUUACUUGUUAUUGAUCCAAGGAGGACUAUGGUGUAUUGUACGGUCUCCAAGAAAGAAAGAAGGAGGAAGAAAAACACAUACACACACAAAACACAACACACACUCUGUAAACUCUUUCACAGAACGGAAUCAUUUAACUCUAUUGAUGCGAUAAACGAUGAUAAUCACUAAACAUAGAUGAUAAAGAUUAUUAUUAUUAUUACUAUUAUUGUAUAAGUAAAGGUAAGAAAGAAAGAAAAUAAGUG